GGCAAGGUGGCCGGUUCGCGUGGUAUUCGUUUCACGAAGGUAAAUAAGAGGCGGCCGUGGAGGGCCGUGCACGCUCGCCCGCUCGCUCCGGACCGGUGUAGUGUUUUCCACUUCCUCCCAGGCUGAAAAAUGACACGCGAGUAAGCCACCUGACGCGGACCACGACAUGGGAGGACCCGCGGAAAACAGCGGCCGCCGCGAACGUGGCGGCCGUCGCCGCCGCCGUCGACAACGGGAAAUCGUCGAGCGCCGCCACCAACUCCCUGGGACCGUUGCCCGAGGGAUGGGAGCAGGCCCGCACCCCCGAAGGAGAGAUCUACUUCAUUAAUCAUCAGACGCGCACCACAUCCUGGUUCGACCCGAGAAUUCCGACCCAUCUUCAGAGAGCUCCCACUUCCGGUGCCAUGCUGCCGCAGAACUGGCUCCAACAGCAACCCGCAGGUGGUGGUAUACAGAGCAAUCAAACGUUGCAAGUGUGUCAACAGAAGCUUCGUCUCCAGUCGCUACAAAUGGAACGCGAACGUUUGAAGCAACGGCAACAAGAGAUCAUGCGUCAGCAAGAACUGAUGCUGCGACAGAGCACCACCGACGCUGCCAUGGAUCCGUUUUUGUCCGGCAUUAACGAGCAACACGCGCGUCAGGAGAGCGCGGACAGCGGCCUGGGUCUUGGUUCCGCGUAUUCCCUCCCCCACACGCCGGAAGACUUCCUCGCGAACAUUGAUGACAAUAUGGAUGGUACAAGCGAUGGCGGCGCACCCAUGGAGACACCAGACCUUUCUACUCUGAGCGAUAACAUCGACUCGACCGACGAUCUUGUCCCGUCGUUACAGUUGAGCGAGGACUUCAGUAGCGAUAUUUUGGACGACGUGCAGUCGCUCAUCAAUCCCAACACGACGAAACCCGAAAACGUGUUGACGUGGCUGUAGUGCGCGGAGGCGGGGAUUUGUCUAUGACAGGCAAGCGAUUUAUGAAAUCGACUCGACGCGAACAACAUAAGAAAAAGGAACAAAAAAGAAAAAACACGAGAACAUAAGAAAAUUGCAAUUUCAAUACGUCUAAACCUGAACGGAAGGAUUCUGGGGGAUCGUACCAGCGAAACAACGACUAUUCCAUGCGAAUGAAAGA